AUGAUCAUUAGACAAGGAACCUAUUCCACAUCCACAGGUGGAUCUUACUAUAGACAAUUCACAUUGAGAGGUACAUCCGCAUUACCAAUCAAAGUUUAUGCUUGGAAAAACGAAACUGUCGAAAUUAAGGGAGACGCAGCUGCCAGUCAAAAUAUUCUAAACUUUGAUGUUGAAUAUUUUGUCAUGGAUAAUCUUGGUUUCUCUCAAGGAAGUCGUGGUUUAAGAUUUUUAAAUUCGAAACAUUCAGUUUAUUCGAAUCUGAGAGUUAAAAACACUGGUGAUGUUGGUAUCUCCAUGAAUGAUGGAAAUGCGCUUUAUCAAAACAAUACAUUCAGAUAUAAUGAAGUUUCGUAUACUAGAGGAACUGGUGAAUGUUUCUAUUUGGGUUGUAAUAAUGCUGGAUGCAAGUUUAUUUUCAAUUUAUUGGAAAAUAACUAUUGUCAUCACACAAGCACUGCAGCCCAAGGAGAUGGUAUUGAAAUCAAGACUGGAAGUUAUGGAAAUGUUGUUCGAAACAAUGUCAUUCAUGAUGGAAACUAUCCUGGUAUUACCUUAUAUAGUACUUAUUACAAUGGUGUAGAUAAGGAUAUUGGCAUUGCUAAUCCAAAUAUUAUUGAAGGAAAUAUCAUUUGGACUGUCAAAGACAAUGGCAUACAAGUGACAGGUAAUGCCAUUAUAAGAAAUAACAUUAUUUACAAUGCAGGUGCAAGUGGAAUUGCCAUUCAAACCAAUCAAGGAAUUGUCGAAAAUGUCAAAGUAUUGCACAAUACAGUUGUCAAAGCAGGUGCUGCUUGUAUUAGAGUGACAAAUUCAGGUCCAGGAAUUUUGAUUGCAAAUAAUGCUGCCUAUUGUGAAACAACAAGUUCCGUUUAUAUUGCCUCAGCAUUGCCUGCUGAUGGAAUUAUCUCAAGAAAUGUCAUUCAGGGCUCGACUAAUGUUCAAGUUGUGAAUGGAACUCUCAAUAUUGGUAAAUUCACAACUGAUUUCCAAGGGAGUAGCGCCUUGCCAUAUAAUGUGUUCCCAGUUGUUUCCAGUAAUGUGCUUGGAAAGGCAGAUUCAAAGUAUGCUACCACUUAUGAUUUCAAUUUUAAUACUAGAAAUGGGCCAACUUAUGAUUGUGGUGCUUAUCAAGCUAAUGGAGCUACUUCAAAUCCUGGUUGGAUUCCAACAACUGGUUUUAAGAAUACUAAUGCUCCAACUCCAGUCAAUCCUGUAACUCCUGGUGCUUCAAAGACUCCAACUCCAGUCAAUCCAGGCACUUCAAAGACAACACCAACCAAUCCAGCAAAUAGUCCAACUGCAGUUAAUUCAAACAAGAGAGUUAACAAUGCGAAUGUUUUGAUGCAAAGUAUUGCUGCCAUGAUUGUUGGUUUGCUUGUAUUCAUUGCUAUUUAA